ACCUCAGCUCACAAUUCUGAGAUUAAGGAUUUGAAUCCGGCUCCGGCACGUGACGUUUGCAUGUGCACGUACUUAAAUGGGUUUGCUGGGGGUACUCCGGCUUCUUUCCACAUUCUGAAAACACACAUUUUAGGUUCAUAAAAAGACUAAAUUAUCAAUAUGUGUGAAUGUGCAUAUGAAUGGUCGUUUGUAUUCUGUAUGGCCCGGCUGUGAUUGGGUAUACCCCACCUCUUGUCAAAAGUCAGCUGGCAUACAGUGCCGUGAAAAGGUAUCGGCACCCUUUUCAAGUUCUUAUAUUUUUGCAUAGUUUCCCCACUUUAAUGUUGACGAUCAUCACUUUCACAUUCACUCUCUAAAGCUGCAUGCCACAGUUAAUGUCAGUGUCAGUCAAAAUGACUAUUUUUUUGGGGCUGUGAUAGACAGGUGUCUCUCUUUCACACGUGUCAUGGACAAAGAAACAAGUGUGUGUUAUUGCAUUUUGGGCCUACAGCCAGCUAAAACAGCUGCAUUUGUCUUGUGACUGAUAGCAAGCAAUGGAUGCAUGUAUCUGCAGUAGAUGUAGUUUUAGACAGUUUUUUUCUCUCACGCCAUCAUUAUAGAUGUGACGUGAUGAUAUAACAUGUCUGUGAGUGCUUACAAAAAUUAGCCAUAGAGCCGUUGAUGGCUAACUGACCUACAUAAUUGGAGCAGUCUAACUUGCCACCAAUGAGAGUAUUUCCCUUCUCUGCUGAACUGAUAUAAGGGCACACCUACCUCUAAUACUGCCAUCUACUAAAUGAAAUUCUAAAUGAAAAGCCAUGAUGGAUAAGUAGCUUUCAACCCGCUCCCUUAGUUUCGAACACAAUAUAAAGGCUCACCGGAAAUGACCAUUAGCUUUUGUGGUACAUGGGACAUCAUCAACGACAACUUUGAAGGGUACAUGAUUGCAUUAGUCAUAAGCGCUUGUUUGAGAAAGAUUGCUCUGAAGUUGAAGAUGAGGAAACUGAUAGAACAGCAGGGCGUCAUCAAAACGUACAGCACCUUCAGGAAGCGCACCGUAUCCUUCCGAGUGGGUCAGCAGUGUGAGGAGAUCUCAGAGGGAGACAACAGGCACAUGAAGUCGCUGGUAAGGUGGGAAGGGAACAAGCUGGUGUGCGAACAGACUGGUGAGAUGAAGAACAGGGGGUGGUGUCACUGGAUUGAAGAGGACAAGCUUCACCUGGAGAUGUAUUGUGAAGGGGAAAUAUGCAAGCAAGUUUUCAAGAAGGUCAAUGACUGAAUAGGGGGACGAAUAUCAAAGAAAUCGGCAUAAGAAAAAUCAGCUCUCCUGUGAGCUGUAAGGGUAUAAACUAUGCCACUAGAGAGCAGCACAUCAACAUGACUACUGUAUGUACAGUAGUUAUAGGUUAACAGUUAACCACUGUGUCAACAGUGUGUAGCUCAUGAGGGGCAAAUGGAAGAGAAGCAGUUGUUUAUUUAUACGUUUCUGUGUAUUUGUACUUCAAUUGCAUAACUGUUAUCUGCCUUUUAGACAUAAUAUUGUAAUGCCCUCGGAUGGGGUCAAGGACAACAUAUUCACUGAUGCCUUAGUCACUUUAGUCCCAUGAUGAGUGGUAACAGAAUGCCCAUUCAACGAUAGCUGCUAUCGGCUAAUGCUGACGACAAAGCACUCCACACCAGAUUCCCUGAUUUGAGCCAACGUUCAAGCUUAAAUGUCCCUUUGGUCUUCCAUAUUAAAUGUCCAUUUAACAACAAUUAUUCCGGAGCGCUUUCAUCUUUGAUGACGUCACAACCGCCAAUCACCAGGCCCGCCCUUAACAGCCCACAAAGAGUUCAGAUAUUGCAAUAAUGUAUGCAUGGGCAUUCAUGUCACCUGGAUUCAAAUAAAGGGCGGUCAAUGUAAAAAAACAAACAAUCUUUCUUGAUAGCUGCUGGCAAUUGUAAUUUACACUUAAACCCAAGGAUAGGCAAAGUAUGGCCCGUGGGCCACAAACGUUCUGAUAUUUUCUUUAAUCCAGCCCACCGAGCAUUUACAUGAUCAAGAGUACAAUUAUUGUAAUUAAACAGUUAACUGCAUUAAUUUGGCCAUACUUGUAUUUAUUCAUUUAUGUUUGUGUGCAUUCAUGUGUCUCAUUAGAUAUUUUGUUAAUUGAUUUCUUGUAAAUAAUAAACAAAAAAAUAGUACAAUCAAC